ACCUCACCGAGAACAGGACCGUCUGGGAUGGAGGAGGAUGCAGUACUGAAGACGAGUGCCUGCGGCAGACGCGGACAUGGGACGGAGAGAUGAGCACAUCCUCAGUGAUACUAGGUGACGUGGCCUCCACUGGGACAACAGCUGCAGAGGUGAGCACAUCUUCACUAACCCUUAGUGACUCUGCCACCUCUGGAACAACAACUGCAGACACCAGAACAUCCUCAUUAACCCCCAGUGACACUGCCACCCCUGCGACAACAACUGCAGAGUCCAGCACAUCUUCAGCCACUCCCAGUGACACUGCUAUUCCAGGGAUAACAACUACAGAUGUGAGCACAUCUUCAGAAACUCACAAUGACACUGCCUUCCUUGGGACAACAACUACAGAUUCCAGCACAUCUUCAGCCACUCCCAGUGACACUCAGGGCAGCACAACUGCACUAACUUCUACGGUCACUGCCAUCCCUGGGACAACAACUCCAGACACCACCACAUCUUCAGUGCCUGCUGGCGAUACCUCCACCCCUGGAACAACAACUGCAGAGGCCACCACAUCGUCAGUGCCUCCCGGCGACACCUCCGCCCCUGGGACAACAACCCCAGAGGGCAGCACCACUUCAGGAACUUCGAAGGCCACCACAUCUUCAGCAACUCCUAGUGAAAAUGCCAACCGGGGGCCAACAACCACAAAGGCCAGCACAUCUUCAGUAACUCGAAGUGAUAGUGCCAUUCCGGGGAAGACAACUACAGAGGCCACCAUGUCAUCAAUCACUUCUAGUCGCAAUACCAGCAGUGGCAUAACAACCGCCAAGGCUACCACUCCUUCAAGCAGCACCCCCGAUGCCACCAGGCCUGUCUCCAGCUCCAUCCCCACCACCCCCAGCUCUACUGCAAGCUCUGCAGCAAGCACAGCGGGGCCCUGCCAGAACGGAGGCACCUGGGACGGGCUCAAGUGCCAGUGCCCCACCCAAUUCUAUGGAAAAAGCUGUGAGAAAGUGUACCCCAUCAUCGACAUAGGGCAACCGCCGAAGACAGUCUCUGCCCUGGUGAACUUGACAGUGACAGUGACCAGUGAGGUGUACACCAUUGCACUACAAAACCGGUCUUCCGAGGAAUUCCAGAAGUUCAAUGAGACUUUCACAAAACAGAUGAAUAUUGCCUACCAUGGGAUCCCUGAGUAUGAUGGGGUGAACAUCGUAAGUCUGACGGAAGGCAGUGUGGUGGUGGAGCACACGGUCUUCCUCAGCACCAACUACACCCCGGAAUUCAAGGAAGUCCUAGACAAGGCCGCCCAGAAGGUGAUCGAGAACAUCACCUAUGUGACCCGAGUGCAAAUAGGCGAUGUUUAUACCUGCAAAGAUAUAAUGUGUUUCAAUGUCAGUGCCACCGAGGUGCUAAAUGUUGUUAUUGACUAUGAUCCUGAAGAGGAAUGCAAGAAGUUGGCUGGGCAGUACGCCGACUACUUCUUUGUGGAGUACAAGGACGGAAACCCAUACUGCAUCUCCUCCUGCGCAUCUGACUUCACGACCUCCAUGGACUGUAAUGCCGGCGAGUGCAUGGUGGAGCUCAGUGGCCCCCGGUGCUACUGCCUGACCUCGGACACUCACUGGUAUAGCGGAGAAACCUGCCAGUGGAGCAUCAGGAAGACCCUGUUGUAUGGGCUCCUGGGGGCAGCGGCCGGGGUGCUGCUGAUCAUCCUGGCCAUCCUCCUGGUGUUUGCCUGUCGCUCCAGGAGACAGCGGGAAAGGCAAAAGUCCAAAGUGUCUCAUUUGUACCAAUGGCAUGAAGAAGGCAGUGGACCAACCCCUAGGACCUUCCAAAAUGUUGGCUUCGACAUCGGUGAAGAACACAGGGGUUCCGUCCAUCCAGACUCCAUCUAUAGUAACUUCCAGCCCUCUCUGAGCCACAUAGACCAUGAAAAAAAGACUGAAAUUCAGAGGCCUCAGGUGUUCUUGACAGCACUGUAA